AUGAGUACGCCAAAGAGUGAUCGACAACUUGGACGAAUUAAUCGAAGUUUACCAUUAGGAUGGAAGGCUUUAACUUUAGAAAAUGGACGCGUUUACUAUGUCAACUAUGUUACUCGGAAAAGCCAAUGGUAUCCUCCGCCAGCACAGUGGCGUAGUAAAGAGAAUUUACCUUAUGGCUGGGAAAAAGCACAAGACCAAUACGGAUCCACCUACUAUAUCAGCCAUCUACUACAAAUAACUACAUCAGAAAAGCCGCUGCUUUCGUAUAGAAAGAAAACUUCUUUAACAAAUACUAAACAUAAAGAAAUGAGGCAAAGAACAUUCACUGAAGGCAAAUUACGAGUUCGAUUUGAAAGAGCUGUCGAUAUUAAACAUUUUGAAGAUAGUAACGCAGCUCAAGAGACCGAAAGAUUGCCUCGAGUUGAUGGAAUAUUUCGAGUUCAUUUAUACUCUGAACAUAUUUCUAGUUCUUUCAAAAUAAGUCAGAAAUUAACUAUUGAGGCAAUCACUCUUACAUUAUGUAAACGAUUUGAAAUUCGGCCGGAAAAUCGGCGAUAUUUUGCUAUUAUGAGAAAGGAAGGUCCGAUUAAUUAUUUAUACUUUGUGAUACCUCAAACCAACAUUCAUGAUUUGACACAAAAGGUGCGUUAUGAUUCAUCGGAUUUUUACUUCAGAAUGGCGUUUAUUCCUACUGAUUUAGAAGCCUUAAGACAAACCGACGCUAAUACUUACAAUUAUUUAUUUCAUCAAACAAGAAUGGAUAUUAAAGAUGGUCGAUUUGCUCAGGAAAUGGAUUUGGAUAUAGCUAUUGAUAUUGGAAUAGUUCUACAUCAGUAUCAUUUUAAAAUGAAUGAUGAUCGAUGUCAGACGAAAGGAAAAUCCAAGAGUAAACUGGAAAAAGAAGUUGAUCUGAAAAUAUUAGAAAACAUAAUACCUAUUAAAAGGCUUAAAGUUAAAGACUUUAAAUGGCGUUGUCGUCGUACUUUAGGGCAAGUUCAGGACUUAAGUUGUGAAGAUUUAAAAUCGUAUGUCAUGACAUUAUGCGGAAACAUUCGUAAUUUUGGUGGUCAAUAUUAUAAGCUUAACUCGAGUUCCGAUAAAAUUGUUAAGUUAUUAAUUGGAAGAAAUUGUGGUAUUAGUGAAAUCGUCCAAUCCAAUUAUCGUAGCAUGAAUCGACUAGCAUGGUUUCAGCAAGUUACUAGUAUUAUUGUAAAGCCGACUGGCAAACUAUCCUAUCAAAUAGAGAUUCACUUGAAUCCUGACGAGAUGUUUACAUUUUCUGCAACUAAAGCUGUUACUCAAGAUGUUGCUCGAAUGAUUGAUGGAUAUUGCCAAAUUAUCAACAAUAAUACGAUAAGUGUAACCAAGUAUGAAGUAAACGCAAAAUUUCCGCAAUCAAUUAUUCAAGAGACGCAAGCCCCGAUUCCUGGAUAUCAUGGUAGCCAUUGUCUAUUUCCUGAGUUUUGGUCCUACGUGCACUCAACGGAAAACAAUGACGAAACGUAUACAACAAAUUUUAAGGAAUUGCCAACAUUUACAUUCGAAGCAUUGUCUCAAACAGUUCAGUUACCCAAAAGACAUCCAACCUAUCCACCACCAGAACAUUCAAUCGAUGAUGUCGACAUAAUCAAUAGCCAAGGAGCAAAUUUUAAAAUGACAAUGGAUUCGCGAUCUGGUUCAUCGGACACACUUGAUAUGGAUAUCUCAACACCGUCAUCGUCAACUUCUUCGCCAGUUUCGCCUUUAUUGUUACACAUACAACAUGGUCAUGAGAUUCCGCUGAACUCUGAUUUAUCUCCAUCACAAACAAGUCAGACUAAUGAUGUAGAAAGCAAUUCAGAGCUAUCUACUUCGCCUAAAGUGUAUACAAGUACCACAAUUUCUACAGAAGAAGUUCAAGAUAAUGUUAAUGACACAGCUCGCAAGAGGCAAAAUAUGGAAUUGCCGUCGUGCUUGUCUACUACACUUAAUAUUCUACCAUCUCCAUUAGCUUCACCUGCACCCGGUAAACCGUUUGAAUAUAAAGACUUAGUAUUGCCCCCUCCAUCGCCGUUUGCCGAUCAACAGCAAUCAAAGAUAGAAAAAUCGAUUCAGACAACAAUCUACAACGUAGCGGACUCAGAUGACGAAGUUUAUCUUUAA